CCUCGGGGUGCUUGUCGGGUUAUGGCAGCGCUGGGAGCCUUAGUGAAGAAACUGUGGAGUAUCCGCCGCUUCGUGGUGCUUCUCUGCACCCCACUGGUGCUGCUGCCCAUCCUCUUCAGCCUGCCCCCCAAGGAAGGAAAAUGCCUCUAUGUAAUUCUGUUGAUGGCCUUUUACUGGUGCACUGAAGCCCUGCCGUUGUCCGUGACUGCCCUUCUUCCCAUAGUUCUCUUCCCAUUCCUAGAGGUCCUUCCAGCCAACAAAGUUUGCCCCCAGUAUUUUGUAGACACUAACUUCCUCUUUCUAAGUGGCUUAAUCAUGGCAGCUGCCAUUGAAGAGUGGAAUCUGCAUCGCAGGAUUGCGUUGAGAAUCCUUAUGUUCGUGGGAGUCCAGCCAGCCAGGCUCAUUUUAGGCAUGAUGUUGACAACUUCCUUCCUGUCCAUGUGGCUGAGUAACACAGCCUCCACUGCCAUGAUGCUACCAAUUGCAACUGCUGUCCUGAAGAGUCUCUUUGGGGAUAAAGAAACAUCUAAAGAUUUCAGCAGAGGGGAUGAGGAAAACCAAGUUUCUAUACAACAGAAUAAACUUCACAUGGUGCCAACUGAGAUGCAGCUACUGACAAAUACUGAUGAGAAAGACAUGUCAGAGGAGAAGGAAGUCACAAUCGAAGUUACCUCUGAUGCAAGGAAAGAGGAAGAAUACAGGACAAACAUAUGGAAAGGUUUCCUCAUUUCGAUUCCUUACGCGGCCAGUAUUGGUGGGACAGCCACACUGACGGGCACUGCACCAAAUCUCAUUCUUCUGGGACAGCUGAAAAGUUUUUUCCCAGGAUGCGACAUUGUGAAUUUUGGCUCUUGGUUUGUGUUUGCAUUUCCCUUAAUGAUCCUUUUCCUGUUCCUUGGAUGGCUCUGGAUUUCCUUCCUAUAUGGAGGGAUUAGUUUAAGAAGCUGGAGAAAGAAGAAAUCGGACAUACGAGCAGAUGCAGAAGCCAGAGCCAGAGCAGUAAUAAGAGAUGAUUAUCAGAAACUGGGGCCAAUAAAGUUUGCAGAACAGGCAGUAUUUAUUCUCUUCUGCUUAUUUGCCAUCCUGCUGUUCUCCAGGGACCCUAAAUUCAUACCAGGUUGGGCAAGCUUAUUCACACCAGGUUUUGUCACAGAUGCAGUUACUGGAAUCACAAUAGUGACAAUAUUGUUCUUCUUCCCUUCAAAAAAGCCAUCUCUUAAAUGGUGGUUUGACAUGAAAGCACCAAACACUGAAAGUCAGCCCUUGCUAUCUUGGAGAAAAGCCCAAGAGAGUGUACCUUGGAAUAUAAUCCUGUUGCUUGGAGGAGGAUUUGCGAUGGCAAAAGGAUGUGAGGAAUCAGGCUUGUCCACCUGGAUAGGAGGCCGCCUGGAUCCCCUAGAGAAUGUCCCUCCUCCAGUGGCUGUCAUUCUCAUCACAAUAGUGAUUGCACUAUUCACAGAAUUUGCUAGCAACACAGCCACAAUCAUAAUCUUCCUGCCGGUCCUAGCAGAACUGGCCAUUCGUCUAAAAGUGAAUCCCCUCUAUUUAAUGAUACCAGGAACUAUAGGGUGCUCAUUUGCUUUCAUGCUUCCUGUUUCAACACCCCCGAAUUCAAUUGCCUUUGCUUCUGGGCACUUAAUGGUCAAGGAUAUGGCAAGGACUGGUCUGCUAAUGAAUCUGAUGGGAGUUCUCCUUCUGAGCCUGGCCAUCAACACUUGGGCCAAGGCCAUCUUUCAGCUAGGCACCUACCCUGCUUGGGCCAAUGUUCAUCCAGAAAAUACAACUACCCUGCUGGUGGAUGUACAGAACAUCACUUUGAACUCAAUGAGUAAAUUGUGAACAAAACAACCUUGUUUUCGGGGGACCCUUCCCUUCAGAUUUGGGCAUUGAAUUAAAUUAACAUCAAGUACAAGUAUGCACAGGAGACAGCAUCAAUGAUGCUUACCCUACCCAGGACUGUCAAGUUCUUAUAUGUCGGUUGUUGUAAAUAUUAGUGAAUAUCUACUGGAUAAUUAUUUUGUGUCCCAGAAGAUGUCUCAACCUUCCUACAAAAAUCCAUCAGACAUUUCUAGGUAGUGUUUGGGGCAUUAACUGAUGGGCCUGGCAGUCCUUUUCCCACCUGUGAACACUUCUCUUGUAGAAAUCAAGGGAAUGAUUUUCCUUCUUACUAAAGGAGACUUGCCACCUGAAUGUAGAAGCAUAUCACCAUCUUAAUAUGGAAGCACAGAGCAAGUGAAACUGUGACUUGUCUUGGACCAGUAAACCAUUUGUACACGGCAAGUUACUUGCUCUCCAUCAGAUACCAGUAUCCAAAGCAAAUAUAAAAAGAGAUGUUAUGAUCUCUCUUGUCCAAGAUGAUGACUACCUGGCUUCAUUUGCUGUGUGUUAGAACACUGGAGUAUAGACUCUGUGGAUCAAAUCGCAAACAAGUUUUGUCCAGAAAAGAUGACUGAGUGCUCAGGAUUUUGAAGACCUUCAGAGAUAAUUAAACGAAUGUGUCCUCCCCACCACUUUCUAAAUAGAUAGGCAUUGCUUUCCCUUUUCCCACUCACAGUCACCUCAUAAAUGUGAAAAAAGACUCACUAGGCAUAAUAUGAAGGAUGAUGGGGAUUUACUUGAAAAAUGCAGGAACUAAGUAGUCAGUUUGGUUGAAAAAUUAUGGCAGUGUCUAGUGGUUGAGGAUGUAAAGCUGUGUCUCACUGACCAAAGUGCCCAUUCUCAAAGUUGUUGAAGGCUUUGAUGACAUUUGUCAUCUGGUGUUCUUUCCCCUCCUGCGGCUUCCCCUCUGUGUGUGGCUAAAAUUGGGUCAUAGAUCAGAGUAAUAGGAUAUGUCCACACAAGUGCUCUUGUCACAUUGCCUUUAACAUUGCUGCUACAGAACUAAUUUUAUGCAUUUCCUCUCUGCACAUAGGCUUCCUUCUCCCAGAACUGCAUGCCCAGAGUUUUUGUUUAUUUCCUUAAUAAGCACUGAAGGUAUAUAAUUGUACUAAAUACUGACACACUAUGACCCCUGCCAAUACAUCUGAUGCAGUGUACUGAGAAAAAAAGGGAAUUGGGGAGAAGGAAUCUUGAAAUGUGAAGUAGCCAGGUAUUCAACUUCUGCUACCCAAUGAAAUGAGCAAAGUGUCUAAUGUGCAGUCUUUGAUGGAGCCCAAUAGAAAAUAAUUGGUAAAGGAAAAGGCUUCAGUGAAGAAUUAGAUUUUGAAAACCCCCAGAAAUUGAGUUCAAACAGUGUCAGAUCACACGUGAAGCUGCCUUAUACUGAGUGCUCCUCCAUAUGGUAUUUUUCCAGUUUACGUACACUGUGGAAGUGUGGGUGCACUGUUUUAAGAAGCUGCACAACUGUCCUCUUGCACAAGACCACUGGGGCUGGCUUCCAUGUGUGCAGCAGUGCUGAUUAGGAACAUGGGUGUUUCCUUGCAUAUCAUAUGGGCCAUCAUAACAAUGAUGCAGUGUCAUUUCUUAUUAGCCCUUGUAUUGUCAUGUUCCCAGCAGCAGUCGCUUGCAUCCUCAGUGGUGGACCUUGCCUCACCAGUGGAAAAUAUUGGCGGAAAAUGUGUGGUACUUAAUAUUGGUAAGGUUAGCAGGAUUAGACCCAAGUGGAAGAGGACUUCAGAAGCUAGAUUUUGAAAUAUUUGUGUGCUAGGAGGACCAAAUUUUUCUUAACUUUUUGAAAGUUAUUAUGAUAUGUAGCACGGUAAUGACUUCAGAUGCUUGUGAAAGACUCUUUCCAAAUGGCUAUGAUGACUUACUGGAUAAAUUGUUGUAUUCCUCCAUUGCAUGACAGUUUAGAAACACAGGACUACUCAUAGGUAUUUCCAACCAUUUUUGCUGGAACCUUUUCAGUUAUUGAACUUUUCAACGUGAGAGCCAGUGGAAAGUAUUGCACAUGGAAUUGUCCAGAUCUGCUAAGCAUAACAUACUGAAAUUGAAGAAAGCCAUAAUAUUUCAACAGGGAAUCACAGUGGGUCUUGCACUCAUAAGGUGAUCUAGGUUCCACAAUUUGCCUUAUUUUAAGUGAUGCAUGUAUAAGAUCAUAAGAACAGCCCUGCUGGAUGGCCUGUCUAGUCAGGUACCAUGUUUCCCACAAUGGCUGAUCUGAUAUGUUUGGACAUAUAUCCAUUCAUCUUUCACCUUGUAUAAGCGUCUCAAGAAAAAUGGCAAAACUGCUCUAGGGGUUAGGUGGAAGAGAUUUGUUGGCAACAUCACAGGAGCUAGCCAAUAGGUGAAUUUCAUAACCCACUCUUCCCAGGUUCAAAGCCAAACCACAUCAAACACAAACAUGUGUUUUCUAAGCUCACCCUCAGAUCAGCAAGUAAGCUUGCACUGAACACAAUGAAGGUGCUUUCAAGCUGUCUCUGCUGCUCUUAAAAUGUUUUAUCUGUCUUCAUCUCGUAUAGACUAAGACCAGUCACUAUCUCUUAGCCACAAUUAAAAUGGGAAUAAUUAUGAACUACCUCAGAGGGACAUUGUGAGGGUGAGUGAUGUAAGGGCUGUAGAAAUUUCAAGAGCUAUAGAAUUGAUGACUAACUCCAUUCAUGUCCUGAUACUGACAGGAGAUUUAUUGAUAGGUGUGAAGUUACAUCAUUGCAUCAUAUAUGCCCAUGCAGGAGCUCUCCCUACUAAUCAUAACAAUGCAAAUUUUAAACAUCUAGAUUUUUGAAACUGACAUGCCACCAAAGAAGUGCUGAAUUAAUAACAUUUGCAGAGGAUUAUUAAUGGUGAGAUUUAGGGGUGGGAGAUUUUAGCACUUUGAUCUCUUUUUAUAUAAAAUUGAUUAUUUGGGUGCUUUCAAUGAAAGUGUUUAUAAAUGGACAGUGAUUCUAAUCACCAUUGUAAUCCAGAUUCUGUGUGUUCUGUGUGUGUGAGGAAUGGGCUUGUUUCAACUCAAAGAUCGAUACUGAAAGCAUGUUUUGGAAAAUGUGAAGCCAGCAGGAGUUGUGCUGCAGGGAAGAGGAGAAGGCAGGGAAUUCUUGUUGUGAUGCAGAAAAUGAAUCCAGUAGCUUCAUAAUUCAUAUUAACCCUUAUGAAAUCUAUGGAGCAAUGCUGCCCUACCUAUGGAGAAAAUAGCUUGGGGCUCUGUAUUACACUGCCUUUUUCAGACCACUUAGGUUCUGUUCCUGGAGAAAAUUUGGUGAAUGCAGCCCAUAGACCCACAACUCUCUCUCACUUCCUCUUUAAUCAUAGUAGCUGCUGCUAUACAAAUUAGAUUAUGAUUGCAUCAUGGAAAUGAGCAUAGACAGAGGUCAAGCUAAAAGCACCAAAGCCAGAUCAUUCUUGAUCCCCAAAUCCUCAUGAUUAUGACAACUGAAAAUAAAAUGCACUCAUUAGCCUA